AAGGCCCUUACUGAUGCUAGUAUUACCACAGUCAAAAGUGAGUCCAAUCUCUUCGCGUUGAAGGCGAAGGAGAGGCUCUCUGCGAAGCCAGAUGAUGGCGAUUCGAUGCAUCGCCUUCCCGUUAUCUCCCAAUCCGACUUGCCAGAGAGUUCCUGUAUCUAGAUUCAAAGCCUCUGUUCCAACCAUCAAGCAUUGCUGUAUUGCCGGAGAAGGGAUGAAUCGAAGAGCGCAGUUGCUAAUGAAGGUCAAGGUGUCAGCGGAGCGUGAGCUUCUGGUGGGGGAAGCCGAGUCUGCUGUCAGCGACGAGGAUGUCGGUUUUCUCAGCAUUCAUCAUGUUGGGAUUCUAUGCGAGAACCUUGAAAAAUCCCUUGAUUUCUACCAAAAUAUUCUUGGACUUAAAAUUAAUGAUGCAAGGCCGCAUGGUAAGCUUCCAUUUAGAGGAGCUUGGUUGUGGAUUGGUGAUGAAAUGAUUCAUUUGAUGGAGCUUCCAAAUCCUGAUCCUUUGACCGGACGCCCUGAGCAUGGUGGCCGAGAUCGCCAUUCAUGUAUUGCAAUUAGAAAUGUUUGCAAGCUCAAAGAAAAAUUUGAUAAAACAGGAAUCAAAUAUACCUUCAGUAAGUCUGGAAGGCCCGCUAUUUUUACCCGUGAUCCAGAUGGAAACGCUUUGGAGUUCACCCAAAUAGAAUGAAUAGGUACUCCUGUUAAUAAAGAAACUUACAAGAUGAAAGAACCACUCAAUAAGCCAAGUAAACUUCACUUACAAAACUAAUAGUUGAUGUUUGUAUUACUCAUUUUUAAAUAAUCAAAAUAUAUUUCUACGUCUCUACGUUGCAAAUCUU